UCCAUGUUUCUUUUUGGUAAAUAUAUUCCAAAUUGCAAACCUAUUUUCACCUAUAUGGAGUGGAGUCACGCUCUCACCCUCACACUUGCCACAUCCAGUGCAGAGCUCAUCACCCUCGCCGCUUCCGUGUCCACGACGGCGACUGGUACAGGCUCCGAGAACAUCAGCAUUGGUCGGAUCUGCUGCCGGGGCCAGCAAUGGCGGCAGCCAUCGGGGGCAUGGUCGCCUCGGGCGUGAUCAAGGUGGUGAUCAAGCAGCUCGGAUUCGCCAUCGUGGGCAAGAUCAAGCUGCACAAGAAACUGACCGAAGACCUGGAGAAAUUGAAGAUGACGCUGGAGUCGGUGGAGGCCGCGCUCAGCGACGCCGAGAGGCGGUCCAUCACGGACAGAUCGGCGCUCCUGUGGGUGAACCGGCUCAAGGCCGCUAUGUACGACAUCUCCGACAUGCUUGAUGACUACGAAUCUGACGCCGGCCUGGUAUUCGGAGCUAUGAGGAAGAAGAUUAAUAUGCCAGACAAGAUGAAGAAGAUGCAAGAGAGUCUACAGAAGAUAACAGAAGACCGUCAGAACUACUGUCUUCCGCCAGAAACUCAUACCAACGAGCACCAACUUCCAGAUAUCAGGGAAAAUGCAGGGACCAUAGAGGAAGCAGAAAUUAUUGGGAGGGCCAAGGAAAAACUGGAAAUCUUGGCUCGAUUAUCUGGGAGCACCACUGAACGAACCACCUUCCUCCCCAUAUGGGGCUUUGGAGGCAUUGGAAAGACCACCUUGGCAAGAUCAGUUUACAACGACCCUGAGUUUAAAAAUCACUCUCGGGUAUGGGUCUAUGUUUCCCAGAUAUUUGACUUGAAAUUUUUUGGAAAAACUAUAAUAUCGCAACUAUCAGAACCAGAACCAGAACAAAAGAGCAAGCCGGCACCUGAUUUGCAUAGUAUUAACAUUUGCUUGCAAAAGCUACUCACUGAGAAGAAGAAUAUUUUGAUCAUUUUGGAUGACCUGUGGGAGAAGCAUCCUUCUCAACUAGAACAAUUAAAGGAUAUGCUGAAGCAGGGUGAGGGAUGCAAGGUGACGGUUGUAGUUACCACACAGGAUGAAGGUAUUGCAAAUGAGAUUGGUACUGUUCAGCCAUACAACUUGCCUCAAUUGUCAGAUGAGAUGUGCUGGGAUAAAAUUAGGCAGAAAAGUAAAUUUGAAACAAGGGAUGACAAAGAAAGGUUGGAGCCGAUUGGAAGGGAUAUUGCAAAGAAGUGCAGAGGUGUAGCUUUAGCUGCUCAAUCACUUGGACACAUGUUGAAGUCCAGGCCGCACAGAGAAUGGAAUUCGGUGAAAGCC